AUGCAACGCGCAGGGCCAGCCUUGUCCUUAACGGGUCUGUUGAGAAUCUGGUUUUCUCUCAGCAGUCCUGUUCAAGGCGCCUUCAAUUACUACGAAGGCCUAGAGCCCAGUGUUGUGCAGAAAGCCUAUACCCUAUCCGAUCAGUGUCUUGGGGCCUUUUCAUCGAACUGGUGCUACCUUGAGUCUCGAAUGUGGCAAGGCAGUAACUAUAUCCGCUACUCAGAUAUGGCAUGUCAUAAUGAAAACGAGGAUGAGAUGCCGCCUGAAUGUAACGACCCGUGGUUUUCAACAUCGUUCAUCACACCGGAGAUGAAGGACAUCACGCGCCUCUAUGACAAGGACUUGCUAUGUAGCGAGUGUUUCGUCCAAAUCUGGAAACAGCGACUCAUGUCAUCUAAACUCCCCAAAGACGAGUUUACAGAUUACCUCUUGGAGCAGUAUGAAUCAAUCCAGAAAUUCUGCUCCGUAUCACUGCCCGUUUCAACCUACAGCUCGACUCUUUUCAUUCGGCUUACCAUCCCGACUUCUACCGUGCCUGCCACUACCGUUCCCAGUACCCCAGCCACAACCGAUACCUGCGAUGGACAGCUUGUGGAAGCAGACGACGAUAUACGACUGCCAUGCCUCCGAAUGUCUGAUACUUACAAUGUCAGCACAGGAACACUUGAGUAUAUUACCGGCUCAUAUAGUUGUUCUUUCGAGGGUGUAAUAUGUCUCCCAAAACCCUGUGAGCUGGAUAUUGUCUAUAGGAGUAAUACUUGCGAGGCGCUUGCAGCCAAGUACUCGACCGAUGAGUCACCCGUGUCUCUGACACAGUUUCUGGCAUGGAAUCCGUAUAUUAAAGGUACCUGUGACCGCGUAAAUCAUAUUCAGAGAAUAUGCAAAGGCCCUCCAGGUGGUCGCUUUAAGCCUUCUGGUGUAAUAGCCGUACCGACUGGGCCAGGCGAAUAUUUUACAACAGCUCACCCUGCGGAACCGACACAGCCUGGCACCACCGAGAGUUGUAGCCGGUACUAUAAGGUAGCAUCUGGAGAUACGUGCAACUCUAUCGCCCUUCGAUUAUCUGGAAUAACUGUACCAAUCUCUGGCUCGACUAUGAUGUCUGCGUGGCUCCUGUAUCCGCAACUACUGCGUCCGAGAAUGGCACAUGCGGGCCAUCUUACAGUAACACUAUCUGUGAAGGGUCCUCAUUUGGAGACUGCUGCUCCACGAGUGGAUACUGCAGAACCGGGAUUGAAUACUGCAGCCCUGGCCACUGUGUAUCUGGCGCAUGCGAACCUAGUAACGGCGCCACGACCAACGGGACCUGUGGUCCGGACUGGGGCUAUACAACGUGCAGUAAUCCAAGCUUUGGCCCUUGCUGCUCCGUCUACGGGUACUGUGGCGAGGGCAAGGAAUUUUGUGGGCCGGGACUAUGCUACUCCGGGGAAUGUGACCCAGACAUGGGAGGCCCGAGCAUUAAUGGAGAGUGUGGCCCCAGCUUUGCGGGGAACAAGACUUGUACUGGAACCCAUUUUGGAGACUGCUGCUCGGUGA